UCUCUCAAGUCGGCUUCCUCCUUCUUUGCCAAGAAAAGCAACUCUGGUCCGGUGGAGGAUCUGGAACCCCCGUGGCAAGAACGAUCUCCGACGGCCCGGAAGCAGCGAUCUAUCGGCGGCAGCGACGGGCUUGGCGUCGGCCUCUGCCGCUGGACCGAAGGCAUGGUCCGCUUCCUUCCGCCUCAUGAGGCAAAUGGGAUGGGACGAUGGCGAGGCCUUGGCAAAGACGAGCAAGGCAUUAAGGACAGUAUUGGCGUAGAUAGAUCUUUCAAAACUGCAUUAUUGACACCUCUCAGUUUGACAAUUUCCUCAAUAUAUAUUCAAACCGAAGCAUCGAAGGGAGAUGUUCCUGAUCAAAUUAAGUCUAGACAAGAUGCACUGGAGAAUGAUGUGGUCAAUGGAGGUACAAAAAAAAGGAGAGAGGGGGAAGAUUGUGAAAGCAUACUCGGAAGACCUUCAAGGAAUUCUUGUAAAGUUGUGUCGAGUUCAUCGCACAAAAAAAAAAGGGGCUUUGGAACACAUCAUAUCAAGAGACUGGAAAUUUUGCAGGCAGCAGCAGAUUGCUGUUAUGCGGACGUGGUGCAUCAGCAGCUCAAUCCCAGACUAGAAACUAUCUGGUACACUGCAUUAGAUUGCAUGGUAAAGUAGAAAGUUAUCCGAGUACAAAAUUGUGGUAAAGCUGUGAGUUUUAAUCGAUUCGUUAUGGUUUUGUAACCGGUGUGGAUCUUUUGUUUCCCAAAUAUUAAAUUGAUAUGGUAUUAUGGUCUUCCUUUGA